AUGGGCCUCGAGUUCGACCAUGAGAAGAUUCCCCUCUACAAGUUGAUCCUCCACAUCAUCCAGAUUGUCAUAUCUGUCACCAUCUGGGUCCUCGAGAUUAUCGUCUUCAAAGGGGGUGAUAUCAACGGCAACAAUGGCUGGACAUUUGGAGUGUGCUUCCUGUCCGUCCCAGCGUGGAUAUACCUCAUCAUGGCCCCUCGAUACCCUCGCGCCAGGAGGAUAGCCGACCCCAAGGCCAUGCUUGUUUUUGACUUUAUCUUCGCCAUCAUUUGGCUGUCUGCAUUCGCCACACAAGCUGCCUACAACACAGCCAACGACUGUGGUUCCGCCUGCGGGCCAAGCAAGGCCAUCGUCGGCCUGGGUGUCUUUGAGACUCUCUUCUGGGCCGGCACCACCCUGGUCUCCCUGGCCACCUACCGAUACUACAACUUCAACGGCGUCCUGCCCGGCUACGAGACGUCUCGCGGCCCCCGGACAAACAGCAUCGACCCGGACAAGGCCGCCUUCUCCACCGCUCCUGCCGACGAGGAGGCCUACGCCCCCGUCGGCAUGAACGACCAUGACGACGAGCCCGAGUUCAACGCUUCUCCAUACGGAGGUAACAUGGGUACUAGCUCCACCCGACACGACACGCAUGACAUUAACCCCUACACCGCCGACACCUCGUACGGUGGUGCAGCUGCCAUGCACAACCCAUCCUUCGAUCACCACAACGAGUACAGCUCUCACACCUCGCCUGCGCCGCCGGCUGGUCACAUGUAUGCGCCGCCUCCUGCGGCCGCAGACGACUAUGAUGACAGGCCGGUCACAUUCCCAUCUGCGGACUACAGCCGGGUACAGUAA